GUCAUCGAGUUUGAGGAAAGACUGAGACACAUCUGAGAGAGAGAGAGAAGCAGACAGGACAGGAACGGAGGAGAGAGACCCCUCAGACACAAACCAUGGAGCAGGACACCGACUACAUGAAUAUGAGACACAUCAAAAACAGCACGACAGACUCCAGUGAACACGAUCUGGAGAUCUCAUACGCGGAGCUGAAUCUUCUUCCUGCCUCCGGGACAUCUAAGCUCCAUACAACAGGUGAACAGGAACCAAGUUACGCCCAGGUCAACUUCACUCCGCAGAGUCCGCAGCAGAACCAAGUCCCGGAGGUGACCCCGGAUAAAGAUAAAACUGGACAGGAAACAGCUGGAGGAAGAAGAUCAAAAAUAUCCAGAUGUCUCAUCGUGGUCGGACUUAUUGUCUUAAUCUGUGGCCUUGCAAUUAUUACAGGUCUCACAGUCCAUGUCCUACAGAUGGACAAGGACAUGACGGGGCUGAACGGAAAGAUCCGGAAUAUGUCCGAGACCCUUGAACAGAUGCUCAGGGACCGAAGAUCCUUCUGCACCGUCUUCCGAAACUGCUCGGAGUCUCUCUGUCCGAGCGGCUGGAAAAUUCAUAAUCAACAUUGUUAUAGAUUCUCAACGGAUAAAGUAAACUGGGAGUCGGCAAAACAACAAUGUGAAUCCCAAAAUUCACACCUCAUCAUCAUAAAUACAGAACAGGAACAGAAUUUCAUAAAGAAAUCUAUCGAGAACAAUCCUGGGGACUACUGGAUCGGACUAACAGAUCGAGAGAGUGAAGGAAACUGGAAAUGGGUGGAUGGGACCCAAGUGAGUUUUACUCAAUGGUACGAGGGUGAACCGAAUAAUUCGAAAGGUAAUGAAAACUGCGCCAUUAUCAGAAGAACCGACUGGAAUGAUGUCAGUUGUACCGAUCACUUCCUUUUCAUCUGUGAGAAAAGGGCACCGCCCUGCGUCGAGCCAGCUGAUAUUGAGAAAUAUUGUUCCUGAAGAGAGACUGGGACACAGAACGAGAAUGUCAGGAUUGUCCAAAGAUCCCCAGCCCCUCCUCCCUUCCCCACAAUCCCCAUCUGCCUGAGGCCAUGUCCGAAAGGUGAAAGUUCAUCUGUUCCCCUUUUCUCCCAGGUUGAGCCUCCUGCAGCGCCACUACUGGUGGGAAGUAGGAAUGACAGCGUGACUGUUGACUUUGGAAAACCCCAUUAUAAAUCCAGGCAUGAAUCCGGCGACAUGUAACAGGACAGAAAUCCUGCAUUUCUCUAGCAACUUUCACUUAUUCAGAUAAUCCCCAACCUGCUUUUGCAGCCAAUGAAGCAACUCCUUACAGUGUUUUCAUAGUUGUCAUGUCAGAAACGGGGCAUUCAAUUUGAACGCGGUAAGCACUAACUGGACUCAGGAUUAAAUUCCAUCUCAUCGGAAAUACCCUUUGGACUUUUUCUUCUCGGACUCUGUAAAUCAUGUGAACUCAUUUCAAUCUCCACGGUUCUUGUACUGUUACUAUCCAUAGUUGUAAAAGUUUCCUUUUUCUAUCCUUCAUUACUGUGUCUGUGCAUUUGUGUACAUGUGUGUGUAUAUGUGUGUGUGUAUACGUCUAUGAGUGUGUGUGUGU